AUGUACGAGAAUUCCGGAGAAGAGAGGAGAUACCAGGAACACGCGAACGGUGGCAAGAUGCUCAGAGAGCUUCAAACCGAGUACGACAGGCGUCUCCACGACAACUCGCCGGGAUUUCUUUCGGACCACAGCAGGGAUCACGAGCAGAGCAUGUAUCUGACACCGUCGCCUCAGAUGUACUCCUCCGGCAGCGAAGAGUCCAGACAGCAACAGCAGCAACAGCAGCAGCAGGUUACCCAACAGCAAGGUUACCACCACGUGGAGCCGGUCGAGUACAAGCCAGAGGUGAUGGAGUACAAGCCCGACAUGGAGGAGCAACAGAGGUACAAGCAACAGAUGGAGAUGACGCAGAUCACGGAACCGUCCUCCUCGACGAAGAGCUACGGAAGCAUCGAGGAGUCGACGAGAGGCUGCGUGAAGAGGAAGAGGAAGUCGAGCAGCAUCGAGGCCGAGUCGGAGACGGAGAGCAACGCUUCGUCGACGAGGAGCAAGAUCAGGAGGAAGAGCGGCGCGACGUUCGAGGAGAUACAAAACCAGAGGGUGAUGGCCAACGUGAGGGAGAGACAGAGGACUCAGAGUUUGAACGAGGCGUUCGCCGCCCUCAGGAAGAUCAUACCGACGUUGCCCAGUGACAAGUUGAGCAAGAUUCAGACGCUGAAGCUUGCCACCAGAAUUUCGAAUUGCAGUAAUUAUUUUGUUAUGGAUUUAUCUAAUGAAAGAAGUAGAAAUUCGUUUCACUUAUUAAAAACUGUAACAAAUAUGCUGCUUUUGGAUAUUUUAUACACUAUUAUAUCCACAUCCACAUCUGGAUUUUCGCAUAAACGUGAAGAAAAAUCCGCAAGAUCUUCCUACAUUUUAACACCUGGAAUUCUCCUUCCUCUGUGCUCUCCACUUCAGAAGAAUGAAGAUAAGAAUGAAGAAUGUCUUCUCCAACGAAGAAUGAAGAUAAUAUGUAAUGCAAAAGUUUAA